AACGAGUUAUUCAAUCUCAAAAAACAAAACAAAACAAAACACAAAACAAAAAACAAAAAACAAAACAAAAGGAGAGAGAACGAAUUAGGGUUGGCUCAGUCAUCAAUUCAUGAUGUUGAUCUUCUUCUUGAGGUCGAAUUGCUCUUGAGAGUGAAAAAGGAAGAAUCUUUUUGAGGGAUUUCUCAACAGCAAAGGGAAUAUGAAUUAGAGAUGCAAAAUUGAAUCUUAAAAAUGGGUACUUUCGGACAGGCGGUCUCUCAUCCUCGUGGAUUCUCGCCCUUUCUCCCGUGAACAAAUCUAGCUUGCUUUGCAACUCCCACUAGUGAAUCUACAAUCACCAUUCAAUGUUGGCGAAAGGAAGGAAAGUUUCGGGUCGAGGUGAAGCAGUAGCUGCAAACUAUGCUUUCGGCCCACUUGAAGAUGACAUCAUCAUAAAACACAGGCUCCUCACCCGCACCACCACCACCCGGGGAGAACCGCCAUUGAAGAAGCUUCAGAAGAAGUUCACCUCUUUCUUCACUGAGAUCGACAAGAAUGAUGACAAAAACUUCGCUGACUGCGAGAAGCUUGCCAAGGCUUUCCUGCAGGAGCUCUCUACCUUUGAGAUUCCGCUCCUCAAGAGCAGGGCGGUUGUUGAGGCCAACAUCAGAGAGAAGGAGAACUUCCAUGAGUUGAAAGAGGAGAUCAACCGGCAGAUUGUGCAGGCACAGUCUGACAUUGAGGAUCUCAAGAAACAGCUAGAGCAGAGCAAGAUCGAGAGGCGUCACAAGGAGGAGUGCGAGGCAAUCAGGAAGCUGAUUGCUGCUCAGCCGCCAAGGUCGGAGACACAAAAGCUCAUUGCUGAGUUAGAGAAAGAGAUUGCAGCGCUAGACGCAGAGAACACCGCCAGUUCGAGGUUGUUGGAGCUUCGUAAGAAGCAAUUUUCCCUUUUGCUUCACGUGGUGGAUGAGUUGCAAAAUACAAUAGAGGAAGACCAGAAGAAUUUGAUUGAGGAAAUGAGACUUGCGACAGAAGAGCAGAAGAACGGGUUGGAGGAUGCAAUUGGGGGCUCAGAGGCCAUGGCUGUCGAUUAGUUUUUAUUAUCUUUUCCGAAGUGAGUUUAUGUUUUCUUAAUGAUGUAUCUUUCAGUGCAUUACAUCUCCUGAUGUUUAGGAACACAUGAUAUAACGGAGUAUGAUAAAAAUUUUGUAGGUUAGUUGGGGAAAGUUGAAAAUUCCUAAUCUUUUAAACAGUUUGGCUUGUUUUGCUUGAAAAUCAGUGCUGCAAGCUAGGAUGAUGAGAAAAAAUAUUAUACCUUUGUUUUGCCAUGCUGUGAUGUGAAAACAGAGUGUAUUAUCAGUGCAUGUGAAGGAAGGUAUUAUAGUUUGAUACUAAAUACAUUACCACCUAAUGUCACUUGAAGAAAACAGUACACCCAUCAAAUGUCUUCACGAAGGCAGUCCCAAA